CGGUAAUGUCCUCGUAUAUAUCGACGACGUCUUAAUAUUGAGUAUGACUAUUAAAGAAGGUCUUUCACUCUUGCGCGAAGUUCUGAGAACUUUAACAGACGCGGGAUUCUCUAUAAAUAUACGGAAAUGUACCUUUCUCGCUACCGAAGUAGAAUACUUAGGGCGCGUUAUAAGUCAUGGCCAGGUAAGGCCGAGCCCGAACAAAAUUGAAGCGCUAGUCAAGGCUCCUACUCCCUCUAACGUUAAACAAGUACGCCAGUUUCUGGGUCUCGCAGGAUAUUUUCGGCGCUAUAUUAAAGGGUAUGCGACGAAAACCGCAUGUAUCUCGCGACUCACUAAAAAGGAUAUAAAAUUUGAAUGGGGUCCUGAACAAGAUAAAGUCCGCCAAUAUUUAAUAAGUCAACUAACAAGCGAGCCUAUACUUGCGAUUUUUGAUCCUACCCUCCACACCGAGCUUCACACCGACGCCAGUAGUACAGGGUACGGUGCGGUUCUCAUGCAGACUCAAGCUGACGGUACUAAGCGAGUUAUAGCCUACUUUAGUAAAGUCACACAAGGCGCGGAGGCGAAGUACCAUUCGUACGAGUUAGAGACGCUGGCGGUUGUUAAGGCGUUGCAACAUUUUCGCCAUUAUUUGAUUGGUGUAAACUUUAAAAUCGUCACCGAUUGCAAUGCGUUGAAGGCUACCGAGCGUAAAAAGGAUCUCCUUCCAAGAGUUGCACGCUGGUGGAUUUAUCUGCAGGACUUCAAUUUUGAAAUUGAAUAUCGUAAAGGCGUCUUAAUGGGUCAUGCGGACUAUUUGAGCAGGAAUCCACCAACGUUGCAAGUUAAUAACAUCGAACGACCUGCGAACUGGGCGCAAAUAGCUCAAUCCGCUGAUUCUGAGACACUUGAUCUUAUACAGAAACUUAGAGAUGGCGUAUUAGACUCUAGUCGAUAUGUAUGUCAAAACGAUAUCCUCUACUACCGCUAUUCACCUGUUGGCGAGGAGUCGCGCUUAUUGUGCUAUAUUCCCAAAGGGCACAGACUCAGUUUGCUACGUGUUUUUCACGAUGAGCACGAGCAUAUCGGAGCUGACAAAACUUACGACCUUAUUUUGAAACAUUUUUGGUUUCCCGGUCUAAAACAAUUUGUCCAUAAGUACACUUCCCACUGCCUUAUAUGCAUAUCUAAGAAACGUGUCCCGAGAGCUCCCUACCAGCCGAUUACUUCAUGGGAAAAACCUGAUAUCCCAUUUAACACAAUCCAUGUCGACGUAUUAGGCCCUUUACCAGAGUCGAAUGGGUAUAAGUUUGUACUUAUCAUAGUAGAUUCCUUUACCAAAUUUUGCCUACUUUACCCGAUGUACCGACAGGACACGAACGAACUGAAACGAGUUUUUGGUAGUGCAGUGUCUUUAUUUGGAACACCUAAACUGGUAGUUUGUGACCGUGGGCGCAUGUUUGAGGCGUCUGCUUUCACUAACUGGGUUUCCGAAAUGGGUUGUGCUAUCCACUACAUAACGCCCGAAAUGCACCACUCCAACGGGCAAGCCGAGCGUUAUGUGAGGACAGUAUUGAACCUUAUCCGUGUAGAGAGUAACAAUAAGAAGUCUACUUGGUCUGAUGCUUUGUGUAAAAUUCAAUUAGUGUUAAAUAUAACGAAACAAAAGACCACUCAAUAUUCAGCUCUUUAUUUACUAAUCGGUACUAAUGCGACCACUCCUAUUAUUCGUGCGCUCAUCCGAGAUGUUGCCGUGGAGAACUCCAGCCCCAAUCGUGAAGCCACAAGAGAAAUUAGCAGGAGCAACGCUAAAGCGGCGCUGGACAAAAACAGACUUGGUCAAGACACACGGGUCAAUCGUCAAAGGCACACACCAAAGAAAUUCCAGGUCAACGACCAGGUAUUUGUGAUAAAAUACUCUCAAUCCGGAGGUAAGCUCGAUUCUGGUAUGAGAGGUCCAUAUCGUGUCACUAGAAUACUACCAAAUGACCGUUAUGAGAUGAAGCUGCUAAGUGGAUCUAGAGGCAAGACCACUCAGGCGGCAGCACAGUAUAUGGUACUGUGGAAUGGCGAAUGGUGUCCAGAGAGUUGCUCUGCAUUUUUUGACGAUAACCCUGACGAUGACGAUGUUGGUGAAACUUCAGAUAGACCAGCAGACCCCGCUAGUGCAGACACAUCUCCACAAACGGGCAACGAGCAAGAACUCGCUGCAGUCACCAACACCACCUAAGAGCAUAACUUCAGUGUGUCCGAGGACGGCACACGGUCAGGAGAGGCCGUAUUAGAUAAUCUUACAGCAGGUGGCGUCGAUCCCCACCAUCACUGACAAAAAUGUCUUUCCCCCACCAACGUCUAUAAAAGCGAAUGCAGAGCCGACCAAGCGCUCUUUCGGCUGCUAGGAUCGCGGUUGAUACGGUGGUUGGUCUCGACGGUACUUGCUGUAGGUCAUUUAGGUCAUUUAGGUCAUUUUCGCGGAGUGUAAAUUAGCGUUUGUUUACUUCAUAAUUGUUUAAGUUAUUUUAAGAUCUUUGUAAAGUAUUUGACGUGUAAAUUAAAUUAUUUUGUGUUUAGA